UGUGUGAAAGUGGAUGUGUUUUUGAAAAUUACAGAAGAAGCACUGAAGCACAAAAGUAACAAGAUGAAGUCGCUGCUUCUUUGCCUGAAUCUCCUCAUUGUGGCGGUGAUUGGUUACCCGAGUGGGGCCCCUCCAAGCGUCUGUGAAACUAUGGUCCCUGGUCAUAGGGGUGCCGUACAAACGGGGGCGUCUUCGUUUACAUUGACCAUGAAUAGUACAAGUUACACGGCUGGUGACGUCAUAGAAGUUACUGUGUCCGGUGGGACUUUCAGGGGAAUAUUUAUCCAGGCACGGUCUGCAAACUGCUCGACCGUCACUUUGCCGACUUUUUCGCUGAUGACAAAUGAAGGAAACCUUAAGACUCUCACGUGUAAUAGUGUGGCAGAUAGUGCUGUUACACAUACCACUAAAAGUGACAAAACCCAAGCAAAGUUUUACUGGACACCUGCAGCUAAUGUCGGCCAUAUUUACUUCCGCGCAACUGUCGUGCAAGUAUACAGCACAUAUUGGGUUGGUAUUCAGUCAUCUGUGCUACGUGACAGUAACUCUAGUGAUCCCGUCCCAAAUUCAAUUUGUCAACCCGAGGGAAGUACAACUGUACAAACACCUGGAGGAAAUAGCGGCAAUGGAGGGGUGGAUCUUCAGCCAACAUUGUCUUUUUUAACUAUUUUGUUGAUGACAUAUUUUCUAACAAGAUAGCAUUGUUUUUUUUCCUGUUUCAAGCAUAUAGUAGUAAAUAAAUCUGGAUGCUGUAAUGUAACUUUGAAAGUGACAUUUUAUUCAACAUUGUUGUGAUCAAUGUCAAAAUAAACUCAAUAAAUUA